AUGCACAGCGACAGCGAUAGUAGCGAUGGAGAGGAAGGGGGGUCGGUUCAGAAGGUAAUCAACUGCGAGGAAUGGUUCGUGAGGCUUACGGGCUACUCGGAAUCAGACUGGAGGCGCAAAUCGGACAAGGGCAUUCGACAGGCCGAGGAUGGAAGCCUCAUCAUUACCAACCUCAAGAAUAAGAAGACGUUUAAGCGAGCAAGAAAGAAGAACCUUCAUCGACUAACGUGUCUCUGGAACGUGACAGCCGCGAUCACGCGAGUCCACGCCGCGUUCUACGACCCCACCAAGCCGCAGGGCGAGUGGACGCAGACCGCAACCCGCCAGGUCAACUUUCUGGCCGACCUCCGAAAGCACUUCCCGACGCACAACGGCUACGUGGUGCUCACGGGCAGGGAACCGUCCUUCCCCAAGGUCGGCUCCGCCAAGUACGAUCGACUCUUCGGCAAGGUGCUGGUUGGCUACCACCACAACGUCCAGGUUACGACUGGGCACCGACACCGUGGCUUCGACGUGGUGGACGACCCGAAGCAGGUGGUCGACCAGGUCUUCUGCGCGGCGUUGAACAUCGGGCAGGGCAUGUCCGGCAUGACCAACAAGCGGGUGUCCCACUCGCAGGAAAAGUGCCAGUUCAUCCUCGACUCCGACUACGAGGCCACCUAUCUCUCGGCUAUCAAGCACAAGCGAAAGCACCUGGUCCUCACCUUGAUCGGCGGCGGCGUUUUCGGGAACAGCAAGCAGGGCAUCUAUGAGGCGAUCUUGAAGGCGCACAAGAAGUGGGCCAACCACCCUGCGUCGCAGCUGGAGAAGGUGUCCAUCGUGCUCUUCUCUGACCGCGACUUCAUGACCUCCUUCCCGAGCAUUCUCAAGCAGCAGAACGUUCCCUUCAGCAAUGGUAUCAAGAUGUGGUUCUUCUGGCGCAACAGCAUCCCGAGGGACAUCCAGAUCGGCCAGCCCAACCCCAGCUCCUGGGGCAAGCCUUACGCCAACUUCCAGUUCGGCAGCAACUGUCCUUCGUCGCACUUCUACAACCACCAGAUCAUCAUCAACCUCACCUUCUGCGGCACGUGGGCCGGCGACUCGUGGGUGUGGAAGAACACCGGCUGUGGCCAGUACGCCAGCUGCCAGAACUUCGUCCAGCACAACCCGCAGGCCUUUGCCGAUGCUUACUGGCAGAUCAAUUCCCUCAAGGUCUACCAGUGGCAGUAG